AUGCGAUUUAAGAAAUCAUUCACAUGCAUCGACAUGCAUACGGAAGGUGAAGCAGCACGGAUUGUGACGAGUGGUUUGCCACACAUUCCAGGUUCGAAUAUGGCGGAGAAGAAAGCAUACCUGCAGGAAAACAUGGAUUAUUUGAGGCGUGGCAUAAUGCUGGAACCACGUGGUCAUGAUGAUAUGUUUGGAGCCUUUUUAUUUGACCCUAUUGAAGAAGGCGCUGACUUGGGCAUCGUAUUCAUGGAUACCGGUGGCUAUUUAAAUAUGUGUGGACAUAACUCAAUUGCAGCGGUUACGGCGGCAGUUGAAACGGGAAUUGUGAGCGUGCCGGCGAAGGCAACAAAUGUUCCGGUUGUCCUGGACACACCUGCGGGGUUGGUGCGCGGUACGGCACACCUUCAGAGUGGUACUGAGAGUGAGGUGUCAAAUGCGAGUAUUAUCAAUGUACCCUCAUUUUUGUAUCAGCAGGAUGUGGUGGUUGUGUUGCCAAAGCCCUAUGGUGAAGUACGGGUUGAUAUUGCAUUUGGAGGCAAUUUUUUCGCCAUUGUUCCCGCGGAGCAGUUGGGAAUUGAUAUCUCCGUUCAAAACCUCUCCAGGCUGCAGGAGGCAGGAGAACUUCUGCGUACUGAAAUCAAUCGCAGUGUGAAGGUUCAGCACCCUCAGCUGCCCCAUAUUAACACUGUGGACUGUGUUGAGAUAUACGGUCCGCCAACGAACCCGGAGGCAAACUACAAGAACGUUGUGAUAUUUGGCAAUCGCCAGGCGGAUCGCUCUCCAUGUGGGACAGGCACCAGCGCCAAGAUGGCAACACUUUAUGCCAAAGGCCAGCUUCGCAUCGGAGAGACUUUUGUGUACGAGAGCAUACUCGGCUCACUCUUCCAGGGCAGGGUACUUGGGGAGGAGCGAAUACCGGGGGUGAAGGUGCCGGUGACCAAAGAUGCCGAGGAAGGGAUGCUCGUUGUAACGGCAGAAAUUACUGGAAAGGCUUUUAUCAUGGGUUUCAACACCAUGCUGUUUGACCCAACGGAUCCGUUUAAGAACGGAUUCACAUUAAAGCAGUAG